AUGAGGAAGAAAAAUCCUCUUGGAAAGAGAGUCACAGUGCCGUUUAAAAUGCUUAUUUUCAUCCUGACCCUGUACCUUCUACAGGGGGCAGAUACAUCCCUUGUUAAGCUGAAUGGCAAUGGCUAUGAAGAUGUGGUCAUUGCAAUUGACCCAGAUGUGCCAGAGGAUGAAAAACUUAUUCAGCAAAUAACGGACGUGAUCUCAGAGGCUUCAACUUACUUAUAUGGGGCCACAGAAAAAAGAUUUUACUUCAAAGCCAUUUCCAUUUUGAUUCCCAAGACGUGGAAGCCAAAAUCAGACUAUGAGAGACCAAAACUUGAGACAUACAAAAACGCAGAUAUCAUCAUUGAAGUCCCUAAUCCCCCAGGCAAUGAUAUUCCACGAACUGACCAGUUUGGACAAUGUGGAGAGAGGGGAAAGAGAAUUCAUUUAACUCCUGGGAUCAUCCUGGGAGAAAUGUUGAAUGCAUUUGGACCACAAGGUAAAGUUUUAGUUCAUGAAUGGGCCCAUUUUCGGUGGGGUGUAUUUGAGGAAUACAAUGAAGAUGAGCCUUUCUACCUGUCAAAUGGAAAAAAUCUACCAGUAAGAUGUUCUGAUGCUAUCACUGGUACAAAUAAGGUAUAUACAUGUUCCGGAGGGAGCUGUCCCAUCAGAAAUUGUGAGACAGAUCCAGAAACAGGAAAGUUAGACAAAAACUGUAUGUUCAUACCUGAUAAAAUUCAGACUGAGAAAGCCUCCAUCAUGUUCCUGCAAGGCAUUGAUUCUGUGGUUGAAUUUUGUACAGAAAAGAACCAUAACAGAAUUGCUCCCAAUGCUCAAAACAAGAUGUGCAACCAGAAGAGCACAUGGGAAGUGAUUCAGGAUUCAGAAGACUACAAAAAUUCAACUCCUAUGAUGGCAGCAAAACCACCUAAGCCCAGCUUUUCACUGAAGCAGAUAGGAGAAAGAAUCCUGGUUUUAGUUCUGGAUAAGUCUAGAAGCAUGGCGGGUGGAAACCGGCUAAAUCGACUGAAUCAAGCCUCACAACUCUUCCUGCUUCAGAUCAUUGAAAAGGGAUCAUGGACUGGGAUGGUCACAUUUGACAGUUCAGCCACUAUACAAAGUGACCUGAUACAAAUAGAGACUGACGCUCAGCGGAACGUUCUCAUUUCAAGGUUACCUACUUUUGCUUCAGGAGGAACAUAUAUCUGCUCUGGACUCAGAACAGCAUUUAUGGUAAUUAAAAAGAAAUUCUUAACCGAUGGUUCAGAAAUCAUCCUUUUGACUGAUGGGGAAGACAAUACAAUCAACACAUGUUUUGAGGAAGUGGAACAAAGUGGAGCCAUUAUCCACACAAUCGCUUUGGGACCUUCUGCAGAGAAAAGCCUGGAGAAGCUGUCAGAAAUGACAGGAGGUAUGAAGACAACAGCUACAGACAAUAUACAGAACAAUGGGCUCAUUGAUGCAUUCAGCGCCCUCUCCUCAGGAAAUGGAGCCAUCACUCAAAAGUCCAUCCAGCUGGAGAGUAAGGGAGUCAGUCUGACAAAAGAAGACUGGAUGAAUGGCACAGUUAUUUUUGACAGUACAGUAGGAAAUGAUACUCUAUUUCUUGUCACAUGGACAGCACAACAACCUGAAAUGUUUGUCAGGGAUCCCAGUGGCAAUAUAUAUAUAAAUUUUUCAGUGGAAGCAAGCUCCAAAAUGGCAUACCUCCGAAUACCAAACACUGCCGAGGUUGGAAUUUGGACUUAUAGCCUUAAAUCAAGUGCUCAAACCCUGACUCUGACAGUAACCUCUCGUGCUGCAAAUCCUAUUGUACCCCCCAUUACGGUGGACUCUAAAAUGAAUAAAGACAACAGCAGCUUCCCUAGUCCAAUGAUUGUUUAUGCAGAAGUUCGUCAAGGAUCCUUGCCUAUUAUAGGAGCCAAUGUGAUAGCUCUCAUCGAAUCAGCAGAUGGAACAACAGAGACUCUGGAACUCCUGGAUAAUGGUGCAGGUGCUGAUUCUUUCAAGAACGAUGGGGUCUACUCAAGAUAUUUCACAGCCUACAAAACAGAUGGUCGAUAUAGCUUAAAAGUAAGAGCCCUGGGAGGAACAAACACCCAAAGGCCAAGAUCCCAAGUGAAUGGAGCCUUAUACAUACCAGGCUGGGUAGAGAACGGUGAGAUCAAAAUGAACCCACCAAAACCUGAAAUUAGUGAAGAUAAAAAUCAAGAAGACAUGCAAAGUUUCAGUAGAACAGCCUCAGGAGGUUCUUUUAUUGUAUCAAAUAUUCCCAAUCCUAUGCCUGAUGUGUUCCCACCAAAUCAAAUUAUUGAUCUAGAGGCUUAUGUUGAAGAAGAUCGCAUUAAUCUGACCUGGACAGCCCCUGGGGAUGACUAUGAUACAGGACGAGCUAAAGAGUAUAUUAUAAAAAUGAGUAAAAAUAUCCUUACCCUAAGAGAAAACUUUGAUGCUGCUCUUCAAGUGAAUACUACUGACCUCAUUCCAAAUGAUGCCAACUCCAAGGAAGUCUUCAUGUUCAAACCAAAAGGUUUCAUAAUAGAAAAUGGCACCACCAUCUUUCUUGCUAUAAAGGCAGUUGAUAAAGCCAACUUGACAUCUCCUAUAUCCAACAUAGCUCAAGCAUCUCUGUUCAUUCCUUCUCCUGAAGAUUCUUUCAGGCCUGCUGUUAUUGUAGUGCUGUCUGUGGUUGGCACACUUGCAGCUGUUGUAAUCAUUUCAAGUGUCAUAGUGUAUUUUUUGAACAAGAAAAAAUGUCACAAGACCAAAGAUGGAAUUAUAAUAUCAGUACAAAAUAAAAGGAGACUCUGA